UUGUCACUAAGGCGUCCUGGCAUCUGCGCUAGCAACGCAGCGAGAAACUUGAGUUAGGCUCGGGCGAGGUGCAAGCAUGCGGACUUGCUGCUGCUGGCAUUCAGUGCCUCUAGACCGCCGAUCAUCCACUGCUGCCAUCUACUGAAGAUCACCAGCCGUCCGUUCUGUGAAAAUUAUUCCAUUUGUGUCAAAACGCGUGCGCCUGCGCUAGCCGACUACUCCGAUUUGUUGUUUUUUUUUUAAUCCUCUCCAUCAGUGAUCGUCGCACUUCAGAUUUAGUUCCGUUCACUCCUGUCCCUCCAACGGACUUCCCUCGUCGCCUCCGUAAACCUUCUCGAGCUGACCCUCCAUUAAGGCUUGUUAGCGACGAUUAAAUACUAUCGAGGCACCACCAUAAAAACAGGGUGCGCGAGAUGACGCUGCCCACGCGGAUAAGCUCCUCGACUACCGUAACUGUACACUCCUCAACGGCUCUACACUCGUCAACAGCAGCACUCGCGUCAACAGUCGUUAACUCGUCAACAAGUUUACACGCCGGACCACCCCGCGCAGCAUGGCUCCCAGAAACUGCCGUCGCGGCUCGUCUAGAGUCGGUACCAGCGCAUGCGGCGCCGUUCUACGUUCCACGACGCGGGAUCGUCGCCGCUGCACCGGCUCGCGUGGCGGGAACGGGCACCAACCAUCGGCUGCGGGAAAUGGGCGUGUCACGGAGAAUGGGCAUUAGUGGUUCUAGACCACUUUUAAAUAGCGUCACGAGUGGUGCUGGCGGGGCCGUUGGCGCGGGCGACAGUAGCCGCGGCCGCUUCGACAGACAGGAACAGGCGCUGGGCUGGGGUGGUAACGGCUGCGUAGAUGGCGCUGGGAUUGACUGGAGACUGUCGCAACGGUCACUUUCACACUCGCACCAGCAGCAGCAGCAGCAGCAGACCCACCGAGGAGCCGUCACGGUUUCCGCCAUUCUAAAUCCCCCCGACCAGCAAAUGCCAGCAAAGAAGCCGUUCGUUCCCCGCCAGCGCCCAUCCCCCAACCCCUCCGCGGAGCUCAGCUCGCCUUAUUCCGCCGUCUCCCCUUCUGCUGCGCGCCAGAGCGGAAGCAACAACGGCGGAAGCGGAAGCGGAAGCAAGAGCACGAGGGGGAACAGGGGCGGCAGCAUCGGCGGAAAGGGGGGAGGCAGGGGCCGCAAGCACGCAAGCAACCUGGUAAGCAGUCCCGGCAGAGGAGGCGGUGGUACAGGCGGGAGCAACAUCAGCGAUAGCAUCCGCAGCAGCAGCAGCAGCACCGGUGGGAGCGACGGCAACGGUAGCGCCACUCCCCGCGGCGGUGCGGGGCUGCCGAUGGGCGCGGUCGGCUUCGGAAGUUCCGCUAGCAGGGGAGCGGAACCCCCCCUGCGCGGAACUGGGGCAGAUGGCGGAGGCUCAGCAUUGGCUGUCGGGGCACUGGCGGGGGGAGUAGACGUGAAGGCGUUUGGGGGAGGGGAGGCGGAAGAGAGGGAGAGCAAUCGUGUGGUUGGUGAUGGUUCUGGUGCCGGUGCUGGCAGGGGUGGCGGCGGUAGUGGAGGUGGUAAUGGGGCAAGAGUGGCGGCAGGAGAACUAGGGGCUUCACUACCCUCGGGUGCAUCAGGGCUGGCUAGCCCUGCUCCUCCUGCCGCUCCUGCUGCUGCUGCGGCUGCUGCGGCGGCUGCGGCUGAUGUCACAAGUGGACAGCAAGGAAUGGGUAGGGCAGCGGAAGGGGCGAAAGAUGAAGAGGAGGGGGAGGAGGAGGAGAGGGCAGAAGUAGAAGGCAAGUCGUCUGCCUCGCCUGGUAAUGGAUCGUUGCGUGGCGGAAGCACGAAUGGGGGAGGGCAGAAGGGGGAGGAGGCUGGGGAGUCAGAGGCGGUGGACGCGGAGAGCAACGAGGAGGCCGCCAUGGCUGCUCGGCUGUCUAUUGCAAGCUUGGCUGCUGGUAUCGCCAGUCAGCCUGACUAUGAUGGUGCUGGCGCUGACGAUGGUAUCUACGAUGCUGCUGAUGGUGCUCGUGGUGGCCGUGACCCCACGGGUGGUGCGCUCUCCUCGUCUGCCAAGGCCGACCGGUCGUUGGAGCUGGGCGACCUCAUUGGCAUGAUCAAAGACGCCGAGUCCAACAUCCUGCUUCUGAACCGGGUGCGGUCUCGAGCUUUGGAGGAGCUGUCGGACGCGCGCAUGCAGAACGACGGGCUGCAGAACCAGCUGCGGAUCUUCCAGGCGCGCAUCGCCGAAGCGGACGCCAAGCUCCACCUCGCCGUGCAGAGCCGGGAGAGGAGCUCUUUGUUGGAGACCCAGCUGCGCGUGCUGCAGGAGCAGGUGGAGGAGCUCGGGGAGGGGGACGGGGAGGAUGAUGAGGCGGUGGUGGAGGAUUUGGAGAAGCAGGUCGGGGAGUUAAGGGAGAGGGUGAAGGACGGGGAGGAGGCGGAGGCAAGGCUGACGAUUCUGCAGGGGCGGAAUGAGGAGCUACAGAGGGAGGUGGAGGCGGGGAUCCGGCAGGCGGAGAGCGCGCGGAAGAGGGAGGAGGAGGUGGAGCGGAGGCUGCGGGGGGAAAUGGAGGGGCUGACGGAGAGGCUGGUAAGGCUCCAGGCGGAGCUGGCGGUGGCUCAGGCGAAGGAGAAGCAGCUGGAAGACGCCGUGGCUGUGAAGGGGUUGCUGGAGAGGGAAGUGAGGGAUCUGGUAGGAAAGGUGGAGGAGAAGGAGGCGGAGAUGGCGCGGGCGGUGCGGGAGAGGGAGGAGGAGCUGGAGAGGCUGAGGGAGAGGCUGGAGAGGGAGGUCGGGGAGCUGGGGGAGAAGAUGCGCGCGGAGGCGGAGAUGAGGCGCGCGGCGGAGGCGGAGCGGGAGAGGCUGGAUGGGGAGAUUGCGGGGCUGAAGCGGGAGGUGGAGGAGCGGGAGGAGACGCUCAGGCGCGAGCUGGAGGAGGUUGGGGGGAGGCUGAGGAGGGAAGUGGAGGAGAGAGAGGCGGUGGUGGGGGAGGAGGUGCAGGAGCGGGAGGCGCUGGUGGCGCGGCUGAAGGGGGAGGUGGGGGAACUGAAGGGGAAGGUGGGGGAGAGGGAGAAAGAGAGGGAGCGGGCGGAGGAGGAGGUGCGGGAGCUGCGGAGGAGAGUGGAGGCGGCGGAAGCGGUGGUGCAGGCGAAGCAGGGGGAGGUGCAGGAGCUGCAGGCGGAGCAGGAGCAGGAGCUGCGCGCGCUGGUGGCGCGGCUGGGGGAGGAAACCGCGGGGAUAAAAAAGGCUCUGGAGGCGAAGGAGAGGGAGGCGGAGGAGGUGGCAACGGCUAAGGAGAAACUGGAGGAGGUGGUGCGGCGGACGGAAGGAUGGCUGGGGGAAGUGCGCGGGGAGAAUGCAGGCCUCAGGACCCAGCUAGCGGCGCUGCAGCAGCAGGUGGCGGAAUCAGAGGAAAAGAGAGAGCUGGUGGUGCAGCUGACUGAGGAGGAGGAGCGGGAGAGGGAGCAGGAGAGAAAGCAGCUGCUGGUGCAGCUGCAGCAGGCGCAGCAGAGGGUGGGCGAGCUGGAGCGGAAGCAGGAGAUGGUGGCGAAGGUUGAGGCGGAGAUCAGCCUGCUACAGGCCGCGAUCGAGGAGGCGGAGGGGCUGGAGCGCAUCUCGGCGGCUGUUGCGGAGCAGAACGAGGAGCUACAGGCGGAGCUGGCGCGGGUGCGGGAGGAGGUGGCGGCGGCAGAGGCGGCGAGGGAGCAGGAGCAGGAGGGGAGGCAGGCGGAGAAGGAGGAGUGGUGGCGCUUAGCGGAGGAGACAGAAGCAUACCGGGCGCAGGUGGGCGUGCUGAGAGGCGAGCUGAUGAAGACGGAUGAGCUGAUGCGGGCUCAGCUGGAGCUCUAUGAAGCCCAGAUGACGGCGUUCGAAGAGAGCCUAGAAGCUGCGAACGAGAGUGUGGAGGUUUAUAGGGUGAGGGCGGAGGAGGCGACUGCGGCGGCGGAGGAAGCGGCGGCCAUGGCUGCGGAAGCAGAGGCGGUGGUGGCGCAGUGGGAGGAAGCGGCAGCGACGGGGGCGCUGGGUGAGUUGAACCUGGACGGAAUGAGCAGCGGAUUCGUCACCAGUGGGAGCAGCAGCAGCAGUGGGGGGAAGUUGCAACGAGCGGCGGUGAUUGGUGCCGGGGAGCUGCCGUGGGAGUACUGGAGCUGCCUGCUGCUGAAGCUGGACGAGCUGCUGCUGCGGCGGGUGCUCACCACCGAGGAAGUGGAUGAGCUCAGAGACAUGGCGUGGCGGAGAGAGAGGGCGAUCCGGGACGCGUGGGACUCGGUGGGGGGCUCGGAGGUGCCGCAGGCGGUGGCGGCGGGGGGGAACAGUGAUGCUGUGGUGGAGAGGGAUGCGGUGGUGGCGGGGGCCCUGAGGGGGCUGCUGGGAGGGGAGCAGCAGCAGCAGCUGCCGCCCCUGCAUGUGGUGCAUAUCGCGGCGGAGAUGGCGCCCGUGGCCAAGGUGGGCGGGCUGGCAGACGUGAUCACGGGGCUGUCGAAGGCGCUGCAGCGCAGGGGCCACCUGGUGGAGAUCAUUCUGCCCAAGUAUGACUGCAUGGACUACUCACGCAUCAAGGACCUCAAGCCGUUGGACAUCAAGUUCUCAUCCUUCUUUGACAAUGAGAUGCACGCCUGCAAGAUAUGGAGGGGCUUGGUGGAAGGUUUGCCGGUGUACUUCAUAGAGCCGCUGCACCCGGCGCGCAUGUUCUGGCGCGACACCUUCUACGGCUGCAACGACGACUUCCGCCGCUUCACGCUCUUCUGCCGCGCCGCCCUGGAGUUCCUCUUUGUCUCGCACAAGCGCCCCGACAUCAUCCACACGCACGACUGGCAGACCGCGGUUGUGGCGCCCCUGUACUGGGACGUGUACGUGCCAAAGGGCCUGAACUCGGCGCAGCUGGCAUUCACGUGCCACAACUUUGAGUACCAGGGGUCGGAGCACGCGUCUGCGCUGGCGGCGUGUGGGCUGGACGUGAGCCGGCACAACGUGCCCGAGAGGAUGCGCGACAACUUCAUGCACGACCGGGUCAACCUGCUCAAGGCGGGCAUAGUGUUUUCGAGUGUGGUUACCACGGUGUCUCCCACAUACGCCAUGGAAGUCAGAGGGCCCGAGGGCGGGCGCGGGCUGCACCUGACGCUGGGGCAGCACGAGAAGAAGUUUUUUGGAGUUCUCAAUGGGAUCGACUCGGAGGUGUGGGACCCCGCCACGGACCCCCUGCUGUGCUGCCCGUACAGCGCGGCGGAGCCGGAGGGCAAGGCGGAGAACAAGGCGUACCUCAAGUCCAUGCUUGGGCUGUCCUCCUCGGGGGCUGACGCGCACAAGCCGCUGGUGGGGUGCAUAACGCGCCUGGUGCCGCAGAAGGGCGUGCACCUUAUCCGCCACGCCAUCUACCGCACGCUGGAGCGAGGCGGCCAGUUCGUCCUGCUCGGCUCUAGCCCCGUGCCUGACAUCCAGAAGGACUUUGAGGGUAUAGCGCGGCAGUUCAGCAACGACCCGAACAUCCGGCUGGUGCUCAAGUACGACGAGAGCCUCUCGCACCUCAUCUACGCCGCCUCAGACCUCUUCGUCAUCCCAUCCAUCUUCGAGCCCUGCGGCCUCACCCAGCUCAUUGCCAUGCGCUAUGGUUCCAUCCCAGUCGUGCGCAAGACAGGCGGGCUUGCAGACAGUGUGUUUGACGUGGACGAUCCGUCCAUCCCCGUGGAGAAGCGCAAUGGCUUCACCUUCACUGCCAGCGAUGUCAAUGCGCUGAACUACGCGUUGGACCGGGGCAUAGCGGCGUACUAUGAGCGGCGCGAGUGGUGGGAGCAGCUGGUGGCGCACACCAUGGCGAUGGACUUCGGGUGGGAGCAGUCCAGCCGCCAGUACGAGCAGCUCUACCACCGCUGCCUGCCGCACAGGCGCCUCUGGUGACCUCCCACCACUCUCUCGGGCUUUUCCACCGGCGCCUCUGGUGACCUCCCCCCCCCUCUGCGGCAGAAAGGCCACACAGCAGGCAUUUGGCAUGUCUCUCUCUCUCCCGCCCCCCGUGGUUUGUUAGUCGAGGGGACAGUUGCUGCUGCUGCGUCCUGAGUCGAGCGGUACAGGCCUUGGGGUGGAUCUGAGUGGACGCGGGAGUUGCUGCCGCUGUGCCUGUCGCACGGGCACAGCACCUCUGGUGGCUGGAGCUUCUACAGUUGGUGUGGUGCGGUGCUGGAUAGAUGAGAAGGAAGUAGAGGGAAGCCUCCUAGGGAGCUUUCCUCCCUUGGGAGUAUGCUAGCAGUUGCAAAGCCUUGGGGUUGGGUGUGUGGGGGGGAGAGAGAAGCAGGGUGUGGCAAGGCGAUUGGCGAAAGCAGAGACACUGCUGAUCUGAUUGCAAUUCACUGUCGCUCUGCUCUGCUCUGCUCUGCUGUGUCUGUCACCCACAUGCCCACUGAGAAAGCCUUUCUCCAGGCCAUUGUGUGCAGGUUGUCUGUCCAGGUGUUUGGUCAGGUGCUUCUGCCGGUGCUUCUUGUGCCAGCCAGUCCUGUGCUAUCUGGUGUUGGGCUAAAGAUCUCGAUUUGAUUUGGUGGUUUGGGGCGUGCUUGGUGCAA